CUUCACUUAAAAAUAAAUUUUUAAAAUGUCAACCUCUUCUCUACACACUGACCGAUCAAGUCUUAAGAUAUAUCAAAGAAAAGACAAAACAAAACGAAAUAACAAGCCGGCAAAAUAUUCAAAACUAAAGAACUAUCAUGAAAAAUCUACCAGAUUUUGAGAUGAUGAAUCGAUAGAAAUAGAUUACAGUGUAAUGAAAGAUUUAAUCCAAGAAGAGACACGAACAUUGCUUCAGGAAAAGCAAGAGCUGGUAAAAGAGCUAGAAAAGGCAUAUAAGACCAUUGAAUGGUAUAAAAAGGAACUUCUCAGCACAAAGCAUAAACUUAAGGACACUUUAGUGCAAUUAUCUCAGUCUCAAUUGACUUCUACAUCUGCGACUCCAGCAAGUAUAGCUAGAGAGCAUGAUGAGAAGAUUUAUUUCAAUGAUACUAAUUUAUAAAAUGUAAAGAGUCGAUCUACAAGUUUAACGAGACAACGAGUUCUUUUUCAAUGAGUGAUCAUCCUUCAGUUUAUUCAGAAAAUCUAAAUAAAUCUCCUGAGAAGUGCCUAACCUCGGAGACUGAGUCAAUUGAUACAGAGAAUAGUGUCGGAUUUGAGGAGAUGAAUUAUAACUCCAGUGGAAAUAACGUCCAGAACUUCAGCAAAUAUUCUACGAAGAAACACGUUUUUAACAAAGUUCCUAAUUUAGUUAACAACAAAGUGCAAGAUUAUCCUUUAAUUUGCCAAGAAAGUGAUGCUAUCUCAGAGAAGACACAGUCUUUGUGGUGUGAAGACAGUGCUUUCGGCAGCGAAAACUGAGAAGAGCAGAAGGACUGGGGAGAUCCAAUCCCUAGAAACUCAUCCGCUGCAAGCUUGCCAGCGAAAGAAAAGAAUAAGAAAGAUGAUAUACAGAGAUGAAGCUCAUUAGCAGCUCUCCUUGGUACAAAUAAACAACCAUCUCAGAAAGAAAGAUUUGUUUUGAACCAAUAUCUCUACGAAAUCAAAGAAGAAUCUGAUGAUAAGUUUAAGAAAUUCAUGGAAAAAUUAACCAUUCGGCAAGCUCUUAAGCAAGAAGAUGUUAUCAUCGAAGAAGAGGAAGAACAUACUAAGAAUAUCCCAAUGUCAAUGUAUUCUGCUUCUAGGUAUGAAUCAAUCCAUUCACAAGAUUCAUGUCCAAGGGUUAAUAUUCCUCACAGGACUCGGAGCAGAAAUGAGAGAGUUCCAGAAAAUUCCCAAACAGAGACGUACGAACUCUCUCAAAGAGGGACCUUUAAGGAGGAUAUAGCCAAGCCAUUCUCUAGAAAUAGGAUGGGGAGGAAAGCAAACCCGGUUUUCAGAACUUUCCAAGAGGAUUAUCUUGGACAACUUGAAUAAGUCUGCUAAUUUUCAAGGUUUC